CCAUUCCAGAAUACACUUCCUAAGAAAAUAGAGAUGGAAAAAUCACCGACCCCAGAUGCAGUAUCUUUGAUCCUAGCUAACCCAUCUCCGGAUUCUUCCUCAGAUCUUCCCGAGAUCGUCGUGCAGGUUCUGGACCUCAAGCUUAUGGGCAAUCGCUACACAUUUAGCGCCGGUGAUGGGAAGAUGAAUCUAAGAGCAAUUUUCCCAUCAAAUAUUUCUGCUGAAGUCAUUUCAGGAGGCAUCCAAAACAAGGGUCUUGUUCGCAUUCUUGACUACACUCUCAAUGACAUUCCAAAUAAAUCAGAAAAAUACUUAAUUGUAACAAAAUGUGAGGUGGUGUGUCCUGCACUUGAGAUGGAGUUCAAGGCUGAAGAGAGCAAUGAGGAAUCCGGGACUAUAAAGAAGCCAAAGCAGGAAACUUUGGUCGAGCAUGAGGCCAAGGCGGGAACUGGCAUUAUCUUGAAGCCAAAGCAGGAAACGGUAGCUAAGUCUGCUGCUCAAAUAGUAUACGAGCAGCGUGAAAAUAUGGCACCUGCUGCCAGAAUGUCACUGACAAGAAGAGUGCAUCCUCUUGUUUCCUUGAACCCUUACCAAGGAAAUUGGACCAUAAAAGUUCGGGUCACAAGCAAGGGGAACAUGCGGACAUACAGAAAUGCUAGAGGAGAAGGUUGUGUCUUUAAUGUGGAACUAACAGAUGAAGAUGGGACACAAAUACAAGCCACCAUGUUCAAUGAAGCUGCUAGGAAGUUCUAUGAUAGAUUCCAGUUGGGGAAGGUCUAUUACAUAUCCAAGGGAACUUUAAAAGUCGCUAAUAAGCAGUUUAAGACCGUGAAAAAUGAUUAUGAAAUGACAUUAAAUGAGAACUCCGAGGUAGAAGAGGCUGCUAAUGAAGAAACUUUUAUUCCUGAAACAAAGUUCAACUUUGUACCCAUCGAUCAGUUGGGACCCUAUGUCAAUGGGAGGGAACUUGUUGAUGUAAUUGGAGUUGUUCAGAAUGUUUCUGAUAAAGUGCUCCUUAGAAGGAAGAUGGACAAUGAGACUGUUCCAAAGCGUGAUAUGACCAUAGCAGAUGAGACUAAGAGGACUGUUGUGGUUUCCUUGUGGAAUGAUCUUGCAACUGGUUUAGGCCAGGAAUUGCUUGACCUCGCUGAUAAAUCUCCUAUAGUUGCCAUCAAGUCCCUGAAAGUUGGAGAUUUUCAAGGUGUAUCUUUGUCAACAAUAGGCCGAAGUACCAUGCAGGUUAAUCCAGAUAUUCCUGAAGCAAAGAGACUGAGAACUUGGUAUGAAUCUGAAGGGAAAGGGACCACCAUGGCCUCAAUUAGCGCUGGUUUGAGCCCUUCAUUCAAGACUGGUGCAAGGUCAAUGUACUCUGAUCGAGUUGCCCUCUCUCAUAUAACUGGUAACCCAUCUUUGGGUGAGGACAAGCCUUCAUUUUUCAGCGUCAGAGUUUAUGUUAGCCUAAUCAGGAAUGAUCAGGGAAUGUGGUACCGGGCUUGCAAAACUUGCAACAAGAAGGUGACUGAAGCUGUUGGGUCUGGGUAUUGGUGCGAGGGGUGCCAGAAGAAUGAUGAUAGGUGCAACCUAAGAUACAUAAUGGUGUUGAAAGUGUCUGACUCAAGUGGUGAUGCUUGGGUUUCUGCCUUCAACGAGGAAGCAGAGAAGAUUAUCGGGAGCCCUGCUGAUGAGCUUGAUAAAUUGAAAUCAGAGGAAGGAACAAUGAAUUACCAAGAGAAGUUAAAGGAAGCAACUUGGAUUCCUCAUCUCUUCAUGGUUAGUGUUACUCAGAAUGAAUACAAUAACGAGAAGAGGCAAAGGAUAACAGUCAGGGCUGUUGCUCCAAUUGAUUUCGCUGCUGAAUCCAAAAUUAUGCUUGAAGAGAUUAAGAAGUUGACUGAUUCAAAGUGAAAUGUUCUUGUCGUUAGUGAUGUUUAGGUUAAGGUAUCCAUUUCCUGUUUAUAAAAUGUCAAAUGGAUGGGCUUCAUCUAAUAUUUUGAUUGUGGAUUCUAACCCUUAAUUCUGACAUUAUGCUUGUAAUAUAUGUUAAUUAUGUUUCCUAGGAAGCAUUAAUGAAAUAUAGCUGUUUUUAUUACACUGUUUUUUUGCUGUAGUUGUAACUUCUCUAUUCCUUGACAUUCAAACAAGAGUUCUUUUGAGGUGCGGGCAUGCUUAUUGUCAUUGCCAUGCAUCUAUUUGAGCGGGAAGCUUUGGGUUUAUUCUGCACUUCGGCCAUAGAGGAGUUACUGUAGCAGUCCGAGUCUUGGUACCUCGGACCUGUCCUUACAACUUGUUCAGUUGUUUAUCAUUGUAAUAAAUAAUUUUUUUAAUA